AUGCUGUCACCACACCGAACGCAUGCUAUACGAGACUUUCGGGGAUCCACAUUCGCUUUGGAUAUCGCAGCGACUUCGACCAAUCUAACUUCUUCCGGGAACUCAACUCACAGUACCGUAGUAGUAACAGUAUCCGAUGACAGUCUGGCCCUGCCAAAUUGCCAGCCGAGACCCGAGUUGUGUUUUCCUGAUAAUGAAAUCCAUUUUCAAGUCCCGGAGGUGAUUCCAAGUGGAACUUUCUUAGGUGGCAUAAAACCGAUUCCUUACACCAAGAUGUGCCCUCAGGUGGAUACCCAAUACCUCAUUCAUGAUGUGCCAAAACCUCGAUUUCGUUUUCCUGAGUCUUCCUACAAUGUUUCAGUCAUUUUCGACGACAAAAGUCUUGUUACGGAUCGUCAAAAUAAACAGGUUGUCUUCCACAUACAUAUUUACAAUACAACCAAUGAAGCGUUACCCAAUAUGUCGAAUGCGGAUGAUUUUCAGGUUGUCCGAAAUAUUUUUCGGCAUUCAUCGCAUCACGCAAGGGUGGCUCAACCAAUGGAAGUCCGUCCCCACGAAGGAUAUUUCUUCCGGUUGUCCGGGGAACCGACUUGGGGCGGUCUAGCUGGCAAUCGGAUUUUCGGCGUCACUCCUGGUACUGGCAUUGUGUACGUGCGGGACGAAGCUGCUCUGGCCCGCAGUCCGGAUAACAUAUUUAGACUGCAACUUACCUGGAGGUCGAAGGAAGAAGCGGAUAGAAGAUGCUCACUUACGCUUAGGGUAUUCGAUGCAAGAGUGGAGCCUGGACACCAUUUUCCCAGCUGUGCUCUUCACGCCACUCUCGAAACUUGUCAGUCAAGCUGCGGCCGUGGAGCCUUGGACGGAUUCUGUAGGUGGCGUUCUGCGCCACCACACUCUCCAGGAUUGAGCUCUCGUUACGCCACUUGUUCUCCAAAUCUUGCAACUUGUCCAGAUGGUAUAUGUGACGAAUUGGAAGAGUUGGAUCCUCUGAUCUGUCCUCAAGACUGUGCUGGACAUAUCCGUGGGGAGGCAGUUCCCGGUUCUCUCGGGAAAGGCAUCGCACUGUCCGCAGCACCCUGCACAUGUCCAGGGCCCAAGACGUGCGUGUGUAUACGAUUGUAUCCAUCCCUUAAACGUGACAAAAAGCCUAAAGCUAGAAGUCACGUGAAAGAACUGCCAGCAGACGAGCCAAGAACAGUUCCGGCAACACCUUUAGAAUUUCACGAUGAAUGGUCCCAGUGUGGUUCGGUAUGCGCAGCUAUGAUUGCUGUCGUGUCGCUCGUGGUGACUGGACUUGUGCUGUCAGCAGGCUUCUUGAAUGAAGACCCCUUGGAAUUCCCAAGAGACCGACUGAUUCUUGAAGAAAUGAUCGGAGAAGGGGAAUUCGGCAAGGUGAUGAAGGGGAAAGCAAUGGGCAUUGGUGGCGCUUCCGGAAACACUACAGUAGCUGUGAAGAUGCUUAAAGAAGACAGCUGUUCUAGUGACAAAAAGGACUUACUAUCUGAGAUGAACCUAUUGAAAGAUGUUUCACACCCUAAUGUGAUCCGUCUUCUUGGAGCCUGUACGAACGAUGCCGGACCCCUUUAUGUAAUCGUUGAAUACGCUGAACAUGGUUCAUUGAUAUUGUAUUUGCGGCGCAUGCGCGCUCGUUAUCCUGAGGCCGGAGGGGACUUUCGAGAAUUGCUAUCCUUCGCAUGGCAGGUCGCUCGAGGAAUGCAAUAUCUCGCAGAAAUGAAGAUUGUUCAUCGAGAUUUGGCUGCGCGAAAUAUAUUGGUAGCUUCAGGAAAAGUCAUGAAGAUCUCCGACUUCGGACUUAGUAGAGACGUUUAUGAAAGAGAAACCUACCAAAAAAGAUCAAAAGGAAGAGUUCCAGUAAAAUGGAUGGCGUUGGAAUCUUUACAGGAUCAUUUGUAUACUGCUAAAAGUGAUGUGUGGUCAUUUGGUAUACUGCUCUGGGAAAUUAUUACACUGGGUGGCUGCCCAUACCCAGGUGUUUCAACUGAACAACUGUUUUCCUCGUUAAAAAGCGGUUAUAGAAUGUCAAGGCCUGAUGAUUGCCCAAUUCCUUUGUACCACCUGAUGACGCAAUGUUGGAGGGAGAAACCACAAGAUCGACCUCACUUUAAAGAACUUGUGGCUAAGAUCGAUGUUAUUCUGCGAGAUUCUCAAAUCGAAAUUCCAGAUCAAACUUUCGCAAACCAAAUUCGGCACUUGCUUCUGUUUAAAACAUCGCUUCAGCAAAUCGUGACUUAG